GAGAAAGGUGUAGAAUGAAGUGUGCAGAAUGAGCAUGAGCAACGGCAAGGUGGUGUGUGUGACUGGUGCUUCCGGUUUCAUUGCUUCAUGGAUUGUCAAGUUCCUCCUUCAACGUGGUUACACUGUCAGAGCUACUGUUCGAAACCCAUAUGAUGAAAAAAAGGUACAACAUUUGCUUAAACUUGAAGGUGCAAAGGAGAGACUCCAACUUUUUAAGGCAGAUCUUCUGGAUGAAGGGUCCUUUGAUUUUGCUGUCAAGGGCUGCGAUGGUGUCUUUCACACUGCAUCUCCUUUUUAUCACAAUGUCAAAGACCCACAGGCCGAACUAAUUGACCCAGCAGUAAAAGGAACUCUUAAUGUUCUUAAAUCAUGUGUAAAAUCGCCGUCUGUGAAACGAGUUGUCUUAACAUCUUCUAUUGCUGCUAUUGCAUAUAAUGAAAGACCUAAAACUCCCCAAGUUGUAGUUGAUGAAACAUGGUUUUCAGAUCCAGAAUACUGUAGGAAUUUAAAGAAAUGGUAUGUACUUUCAAAGACUUUGGCUGAGGAAGCUGCUUGGAAAUUUGCAAAAGAAAACAACCUUGACUUGGUUUCUCUAAACCCAGCAAUGGUUGUAGGACCACUUUUGCAGGCAGAUCUGAACACUAGUUGUGCUGCAGUUUUAAACCUAAUAGAUGGUUCAGAAACUUUUCCAAAUAAAUCCUAUGGAUGGAUUAAUGUAAAGGAUGUUGCAAAUGCUCACAUUCAGGCAUAUGAGAUUCCUUCAGCUAGUGGAAGAUAUUGUUUAGUUGAGAGUGUGACACAUUACUCUCAAAUCGUCAUGAUUUUACGUGAAUUGUACCCGACAUUUCAAAUUUCAGAAAAGUGUGUGGACGAUAAGCCUUAUGAGUCAACAUUUCAGGUUUCCAAAGAAAAGAUAAAGAGCUUGGGGAUUGAAUAUAUUCCUUUGAAAAUAAGUCUAUGGGAGACUGUGGAAAGCUUGAAAGAAAAGAAGUUGGUCCAUUUUUAAUUCUUAAUAUCUCUCCUCCAUCAAGAGUGAAUAAUGAUAUUAACGGCAUUUGCUUGUUGAUUUUAUCAACGUCAUAUAUAUGCUUGAAAUAAAUUAUUGUUGUGAAAGUUAAAAUUUCUAAUAAAACAAGAUUACUUGUAGGUUUAUUUCGAUUUGUACUCGUCAAGCUACACAACUUCUAGUAUAAGUUGGUAAUAAGUAUUG